AAUAUGAAAAUCCGAUGGGCGUAAUCGGUUUGUGGGUGCGCGUGAGAUGGUAGAGAAAUCGAGAAAGCAAUUUCCCUCUCCACAAAAAAACACCAAGAAAAAUAAAUGAAAAAAUAACGUUCCCCCACCCUCUUUUCACACACAACACACAGUAGAGAGAGAAAAAAAAGAAAAAAGGAAAAAAGCAUUAGAAUUAGAUUAUCACCAUCUCAUCCUCUGUAUCUGUGUGGGCGUUUGUUGUACAUAUGUUGGCUCCUUAGGCCAUUGCUUCUGUGCAUCGCCUUCAAUUUUUUUCCUAUAAAUCAUUUCUCCACCAGCAGAGAAAUACCUAUCUUUGUUUUUUUUCAACCAUUUGAAUUCGGGCCAUGGGGCGAGGCAGAGCACCGGUGGUGAAGCAGGCGGAUGCGGCGGCUCACGGAGGAGAAGCCAACGGAUCUGGAAUCCUCAAGGAGAUCAGAUUCCGCGGCGUGAGGAAGAGGCCGUGGGGAAGGUUUGCUGCAGAGAUCAGGGACCCUUGGAAGAAGACCCGUGUUUGGCUCGGCACCUUUGACUCGGCGGAGGACGCCGCACGCGCCUACGACGCCGCCGCCCGCUCUCUCCGUGGCCCUAAGGCGAAGACGAAUUUCCCAUUUCCCCAAAACGGCGCCGUUUUCCCCGAUUUCAACCCUCAAAACCCUAAUCCGCCGCAUCUUAAGAACAACCAUGGAGAUCCGUCCCGGUUCUACGCACAGGACCACCAAAUAAUUGCGCAGCAGAGGCCGACCUCGAGCGGCAUGAGCAGCACCGUGGAGUCCUUCAGUGGGCCCAGGCAGCAGCUGCCGCCGCCGCCGCCCAUGCAGCAGCAGAGGAGGUACCCUCGGUCGCCGCCGGUGGUUCCAGAUGAUUGUCAUAGCGACUGUGAUUCCUCCGCCUCCGUGGUUGAUGAUACCGAGUGCGACAUCGCCUCCUCCUCUUGUAAAAAGCCUCUGCCUUUCGAUCUCAACAUGCCGCCGCCGAUGGACGCCGCUGCUGAUGUGGACGAGCUGACCUGCACGGCGCUCCGGCUCUGAUGUGCUCACAAGAUGAUGAUGUUUGUCAUUUGGAAGAAACUACCAUUUUUUUUUUCUUAUUUAGCUUAAAAAAAAAAGAAGAGAGAGAGAGAGAGGAGAAUGCUUGUAGACAGGGUGAAAGGACUAAGACUCUAUAGAUCUAAGAGUCCAUCUCUAUGAGUGUUUGUUGUUUGAUGAGAAUUUACUUAUUUUUAAAUUUAUAAACUUUAAUGUUAUCAAUAUUCGAAGACUCUAUGAUUCAUACUUGUGUGCGAUUCUG